AUGGCAGGGGCGUGGAAGGAUGUGGCUGCGGGCACGGUGGGCGGGGUGGCCAUUUGUGCAGUGGGCCACCCGUUCGACACGCUCAAGGUGCGUCUUCAAACCCAGGGCGGCAGUGCUGCCGCUCCAGCUACGCUGCUCUACCGCAACACCUGGGACUGCCUCGUCAAGACCCUCAAAUGGGAAGGGAUCGGUGGGUUGUACAAGGGAGUGGCCUCACCACUGGUGGGGCAGAUGUUCUUCCGCGCCUGCCUCUUCACCUCGUUCGGACAGUCGAAGGCGUGGGUGGCGCGAGCGUUGGGCGUCGAGAGUCUGCCGCCAGUGGGCCACUUCCUGGCCGGGAUGAUGACGGGCGCCGUCGUCAGCUUCGUUGAGGGUCCGAUCGACCUCUUCAAGUCGCAGGUGCAAGUCCAGAUCUUGGCAGAGAAGCAGGGCACACCACGCACGUCAGCCCACCAUUAUAACAAUGUGUUCGGAUGCGCGCGAGUGAUCACGAAGCACUACGGGCUGCGAGGCAUCUACCAAGGGCUCGGCGCCACGCUCCUCCGCAACACGCCGGCGUUUUCGUUCUAUUUCGGCUUCAACGAGCUCGCGCGACGAGCGCUCGCGCGGCCAGGCCAGUCCACAGCCGCACUCGUACACCGCUCCCCCCCGGAGGGCUGGAAGUACCUCGCGGCCGGCGGCACGGGAGGACUCCUCUAUUGGCUGCUCACCUAUCCUACGGAUGUGAUCAAGUCGAGCAUGCAAGCUGAUGCCCUGGACAAGCACCAGCGCAAGUACAAAAACGUCGUACACUGCGCAAGGACAUUGUACGCGGAGGCGGGCGUCAAGCGAUUCUUCAGAGGCUGGACGCCGUGCAUUCUCCGCUCGGUCCCAGCCAACGCUGUGCUCUGGGUCGUCUUCGAAAAGGUCAGGAAGCUGCUGGGCUGA